CAAAAUUCUUUCUUUGAGGCCGCGGAAUACAUCCCGCCCGAUCCCAUCUUUGAGGUUACCAAGCGCUUCAACGCUGACAAGAGCCCCAACAAGGUGAAUCUCGGUCAGGGCACAUAUCGUGAUGAGAACGCCAAACCGUGGAUUCUACCUUCUGUGCGUGCGGCUGAGAAGUUGAUCGGUCAGGCUGGUCACGAGUAUCUCCCUAUCGAAGGUCUUCAGAGCUUCCGCGAUGAAGCGACUAAGAUCGCCACUUGUCAAGCAGUAUCGGGCAGUGGUUCCCUACUUCUCAUCGGCCUCGUCCUCGCCAAGGCCAAGACGGGUAUUGAGAAUGUCCUCAUCACCGAUCCUACCUGGUCAAAUCAUGACCUCCAGUUCAGAUCCAUCGGGUUCAACAUCACGAAGAUGCCAUACUACAAGGAUCGCAAGUUCGAUUUUGAGGGUGUCAUGAAGUGCCUCAGGGCUGCUGACCAUCGCUCGGCUGUUGUCCUACACGCCUGCGCUCAUAACCCUACCGGCUGCGAUCCUUCGAGAGAGCAAUGGAAGGAGAUCGCCCAAGUCAUCAAGGAAAAUGGUAUCUUUCCCAUUAUCGACUCUGCUUAUCUUGGUUUCAACUCUGGCUCCUACGAUGAGGAUGCGUGGGCUGUUCGACAUCUUGUCGACGACUUGAACCUUGAGGUAGCCGUGGGCAUGUCGUUCGCCAAGAACAUGGGCCUGUACGGCGAGCGUGUUGGGCUCACGGCCAUCGUCACACGAUCAGAGGAGACCAAGAAGACUGUCUACUCGCUGCUACAAAAUGCCCAACGCCAGACAAUCUCUAACCCUCCAGUCUAUGGUGCCCGCAUCGCGGCUACUGUGCUCAGCAACCCAGACUGCUUCAAGCAGUGGCAGCAAGAUCUCAUCACAAUGUCUUCAAGAAUCAAGUCCAUGCGGCAAAGGCUUUACGACGAACUUGUCCGUCUGGAGACACCUGGAGACUGGUCACACAUUAUCAACCAGACGGGCAUGUUUGGUUAUACCGGCAUCAGCUCGGCACAGAUCAAGCACUUGGAAGAGCACUACCACAUCUACAUGGCGGUUACUUCAAGAAUAUCACUGGCAGGUCUCAACGAGCACAAUGUUGAGUACACAGCAAAGUCCUUGGAUGAGGUGGUUCGGACAAUCUUCAGCGAUUGCCACCGUCCAGGCCCAACAACCAGAAAUUCUCCUGCACAGGAAGAUCACUUCUCAGCUCGCCUGUCUCAUCUCGACGACCGGGGCCUUCGGCACUUGGAUAACAGGGGUAUCCAUAAAGAUACCCCCGUAAGGUUCACCCAAGAUCUAGAUUCCCGAGACACGAAAAGGAUUCUCCUGCAGGGCUCACGCCCAAGAAAAACACUGCAUUCUCUACGAAAUGGCAUCUUCUCUUUCUGGGAGCAUCACAAUCUCUGGUUCUCGGGCAACCCGGGGCUUAAUUGUACCACUGAAGGCGUCCAAAUUCGCCGUCACUCUUCUGCUUCUACUGCCAUUGAGGCUACCCGGACAGCUGCCCCUGCUCGAGGCACAGAAUCCCCUUUAUCAGAGGUUCCUUCCACCGUCUUGUGGCGAUCACUUCUCAUCAACGCCGUAUCCUCCAGACCAUGGCUUCUCGUCCCCUCUCUCACCCUCCUCCUGAAGCUCUCUCGCCCUGGAAAUCCCUUCUUGUUCAAUGUCGACCGCAACCCCUUCCUCCGCUCCAUUCUCAAGCAGACAUUUUACAAGCAAUUCUGCGCCGGCGAGACUGGAGUCGAGACACAGAAUACUAUGAAGCAAUUGCAGGAUAUGGGAUUCCGCGGCACAAUUCUCACAUACGCAAAGGAGACCGUUUUUGAUCACCAUACAAACGAGCAAAUAGGUCUUGGUGUUGAUGCGUCGUGCAAGGGCGAAGCCCAAUGGAACGAGAGCAUCGAGGCUUGGCGCGCCGGAACCGUCAAGACUGUGGAGCUCCUCCGUGAGGGCGAUCAAUUAGCUGUCAAGCUUACUGGUGCUGGCCCCUCUGUCUGCGAAGCCUUUGCCAAUGGCACUCCCCUCCCUCAGCAAUUCCUUGACGCCCUCGACGAAAUCUCGCAAAAGUGCAAAGAUCGCGGUGCCUACAUCUUAAUCGACGCCGAAUCUCAGCACUUCCAAUGGGGCAUCUUCAACGUGGGCAUGGAUCUCCAGCGAAAGUUCAACCGCGACGGACAAGCUGUUCUCUACAACACAUACCAGGCUUAUCUUAAGAGCACCUCCGAGACUCUCUCCGAACACCUCGCCUGCGCUCUCAAGGAGGGCUUCACUCUUGGUGUCAAGGUGGUACGCGGCGCUUACAUGGCGUCUGACCCCCGGCAUCUGAUCCACGACACCAAGCAAGAUACGGAUAACGCUUACAACAAGAUCGCCCAGGGUGUGCUCAGACAAGAGUUCGGUGGAUUCGGCGGCAGCAACGCCAAGCCCUUCCCCUCAGCCAUGCUCCUCCUGGCCAGUCACAACAAGGAGAGCCUGGUGGCAGCACACGAACUGCACCAGCAGCGGACCAAGGCGCAGCUCCCGACGGUGCCCGUCAAGUUCGCGCAGCUGCACGGCAUGUCGGACGAGGUUAGCUUCAGUCUGCUCAAGCUCAAGGACGAUGCAGGGGUGGCCCCCGAGGUGUACAAGUGCUCCACCUGGGGUACCUUGGCCGAGUGCAUGGCGUAUCUGACGCGGCGUGGUAUGGAGAACCGGGAUGCGGCUUCGCGGACCCAUGAUGAGUACAGCGCCUUGAAGACGGAGGCCUGGAGGAGAUUGGCUUUCUGGAGAUGA